CCAGUCCGGUGUGCGGAAGGUGUACGCACAAUAAUUACAAAUCAGAGUCGAGAUGGCGCAGCAAGCGAAAGACCGAUUCAUUAAACAGACGUCAAAGGGACAAAUUUCGGAGAAAUUUGUGAUGAUUUACGAGCGUCUUCUGCGAGGAGAAGAUCCGUCCAGCAGCAGCUCUUCAUUCUGGGACGAACUUUUCCUACUUAAAGUCAACGUGGAAUACUUAGACGAGGCCCUAAAUAAUAUGAGUGUUCAGGUGCUUGUCGACGUCAAGGAAACGAUCAACUUGGUGUUUCACAAAUGUUGUGAGGCUCUGUGUGGAGGCCACCCAAUUCGAAUUAUCAAUGCACUGCAGACUCUGUGUGCCCUCGUGCGCUUCAUAUUCCGGAAGGCUCCAGAGGGGGGCGUGGACGGAUUUGACGUCAUCGAUGUUCUCAUUGGAUUCAAUGGGGCCGACGUAGAAAUGCAGUCGCUCGUCUCGCAGCUUUCAACGUUUUUGACAGGCAAGACAGCCGUUAGCAUCAAGAAUUUGGCACUCAAGCUGCUGCUUGUGCUCGUGACGGCGACGAAUAACGUCAGUCAGAAUGUGAUGUUGGAGUAUCUCAUGAUUAAUAGUGUGUUUGAAGCGAUCGUGGCCAUCUUUUCAUCUCCGGCUGCUCGUCAGGAGCACGGCUUCGAUGCUAUGAUGUUGCUCACUAUGCUCGUCAAUUAUCGAAAGUACGAGGCGGCUAAUCCAUAUAUUCUGCGUUUGUCAGUUCUCGACGACGAAGUUGCACUGAACGGUCUCGGUGUCGUCCUCUCGUCUGCACUCACAGAAUGGAACAGACAGUACGUGGCGACGAAGGAAGCCGAGACGCCGCAAGGAGGUCUGUUGUGGCAGUUGGCAAACUACGUCAGCGGCAUGUUUACAUCCUCGGAGGAGAAACCAAAAACUGUGCAGAUCAAUGAUUCUGUGUUGCUGGCAUUAUACGAAGCUGUCCAUUUAAAUAGGAAUUUCAUAACCGUGCUGACGCAGACUCACUCACCAGAUCACCUUCCCAGUCCGGGCAAAUCGCAAGGAAACACUCCCGCAGUCGAGCAGACGAAUGCUAUGCAUCUUGGCUCAUCGACAGACACCGUGGUUGCCUCACAGUCACAAGAAAUGCAGUCGUAUCCUGUUAAUCUUCUCGGCACGUUUCUAACAUACACAUCUAUUGCCAUGCAGCAUGCGGCUACGACAGACGAAGGAGCGACGUCAAGACACGCUCGUCUCUGUCUCAUCAUCCUCACUUGUAUAGUUGAAGAUCAGUAUGCCAACUCAUUUGUUCACGACUCUAACAUGACAUUUAAAGUGAACCUACAGCGUACGACGAUGCGACAUCGAAGAAUCGCGAGCGGUCCGACCUCGGGUCAGUGCCUUGCGUGCACCGUUCUCGAUCUCAUGGUCGAGACUCUGCUUAGUCAUCUCCGACGAAAUCUUCCCAUGGAUUUAUACGCCCGAUGUCUCGGCAUCAUUCAUCGUCUGCUGUGCUACCAGAAACGUUGCCGAGUCCGGCUGAUGUACAAUUGGCAGGAGCUGUGGACGGCACUGAUCAGCAUUGUCAAGUUUCUUGUCUCAAAUGAGGUUGAGCUGAUACCAAAGUGUAACGUGUUUGUACUGGCCAUUCAGGUGAUCAACUUGUUCAACCUGUUUAUAACAUACGGAGACACGUUUCUACCAAGCCCGACCAGCUACGACGAAUUGUAUUAUGAAAUCGUGCGUAUGCAUCACAUAUUCGAGAAUUUAUACGCGAUGGCUCUUCGUCAUUCGACGAGUGGUGGACAGUGGAAGGCGGCGUCGAACCAUGUAGCCAACGACCUCGUCAACAUCCGAGCCAUCAUCAACCAUUUUGCUACAAAAAUUGAUUCGUGGGCUGCGACGAGAAAAAUCUCAUCUCUAACAGAGAGUCAAGUCUUGGAGGUCGUUCGUGCCAACUACGACACUUUGACACUGAAACUUCAAGACAAUCUCGAUCAUUACAUGAAGUACUCAGAGAAGCCACACGAGACGUCCUUCUUCACUCAGCUAAUGCGUUCGCUCACAUUGCAAUUUCGCCAGCUGAUCACACUUCACAACUUGGCACAAAUGAGCGUCAUACAGGAACUAUCAACGAUAAUAUGAAACAAAUUGCCUUAGUACCAUAGAAUUACAGAAAAGCCUUCAAUUCGAAUAGUAAUCGUACGUUUCCUCAAACGUCCAACAGUGUGACCCCAGCAGUGAUACAAAAAGUAGUCGAUCACCGUUCAUCAAUAUGAUCUCUUUGUGUCUCAAUAGCCAAAGUAGAAGGACGAAUUCUGGAAACCAACCACGUGAAAUUUUAUUUCCCACUUAGUGCCAUCUAUCCUACUGUAUGUUGGGGCGU